GAGCUUAGUGUGUUCACGCAGACGUGCCUGGAGUGGCCAAACCAUGCUGAGUUCAGGGGAGAAGAGCUCAGCGCUGCUUCCAAGAUGAUGGCGGAGAGGCAGGCUUGCUCCAGAGAGGCAGGAGUUUCUUUACUUUUCCAAAAACUUUUCAUCCUCAUCUUUCUUCUGGCAGGCGUCCGUGGAGUGAACAUCACCAGCCCGUUUUCGAUAAUCCGAGGCACUCUAGGCGGCUCGGCCCUUCUCUCCGUCAGCUACACCAGCACCAGCUCGGACCGGCCCGUCAUCAAGUGGCAGCUGAAGAGGGACAAGCCCGUCACGGUGGUGCAGUCAAUCAGCACAGAGGUCAUCGGGAACCUGCGGGCCGAGUACCGCGGUCGCAUCAUGCUUUUCGAGAACGGCUCCCUGCUGCUCAACAACCUGCACCUGUCGGACGAGGGGACCUACGAAGUGGAGAUCUCCAUCACGGACGACACCUUCACUGGGGAGAAACACAUGAACCUUACUGUAGAUGUUCCAGUGUCCAGACCAUCUGUGCACUUGGUGGCCUCGUCCGUGCUGGAACUGACCGAGCUCUUCACACUCAACUGCACUAACGAAAGCGGUACGAAGGCCACCUACAGCUGGCUGAAGGGUGGUAAACCUCUGACCAAUGACUCACGCCUGUUCCUGUCACAUAACCAGAAGGUCCUGACCAUCUCUCGAGUGCUGAUGUCUGAUGAUGAUGUUUAUAGCUGCACUGUGGAGAACGCCAUCAGCAGCAUGAAGAGCCCGCCUGUCAGACUCACUGUGUACAGACGGAGUUCUCUUUACAUCAUCCUUUCCACUGGUGGCAUUUUCUUGCUCAUAACCCUGGUGACGGUGUGUGCCUGCUGGAAACCUUCCAAAAAAAAAAGGCAGCAGUCUGUUAGACAGAACAGGCAGAAUGUCGAGCAGAUUAAUGGAAAUCAUGAAGCUUCAGUAGACGUCGUGCCAGGAAGGAGUUAUCAGAACCGCAAAGGCCCUGGUGGCUUAUACGUCCUCAAAGAAACAGACUUUGCUGAAGAAGAAGACGAGGAGCUCUGUAACUACAUCCACCCUUUAGAUCCACACAGUCCUCCAUGCUAUCCCAACACAUACUCCCCUCCAGACGCGUAUACCUACUCGGGACGGAGAUAUCCUCGCACCCCUGUUUCGUCUCCCCCCAUGACCCCAACUGGGACCCUGGUCUCGGCCCCGGUCUCAGUCCCGGCCUCUCCAUCACACAUGAGAAGUUUAACACGGAAGCCCCGGCCUCGACUUGCGAGCCCAACUCCUUCACACACAGACGAAUCACACAACAUACUGGAGACGAGCAUUCAGAGCCACAUAUGACCACCUACAGCAAAGCAGCGCUAGAAGAUCACUUAUGAGCUGGGCUCCGUGUGCAUAGUGAGGAGCUAAAUCCAAAACUCUGGACAUUACGACUUGGCCUAGUCAGUGCAUCGGAUGCAGCAUGAAGAAGGGUGGGUGGGGGUAUUAAAACACAGAUGAGUCUCCACUUUUGCAUGAACGUCAGUACUUUUACUUUAUGCAAUGUCUCCAGCAGUGAUCAGUGUUAAGUCCAGGGCCGUUGUCAGCACGGUUGCACGACACCCACACUGGUUUAUAAGGACUACAGGCUAACACACCUCCUCCGACACACGUGAAGCUGUCGGCUGCAUCUUUACACCAGCCAGUGGUGGAUUCUUACAGAGAGCCAGCACAUACAGAGGACCAUGCUACUCUCUUUGUAUUCUUCUGCCGCUUAUGCCUGGGAGUCACUGUUGCAGUAGCAAGAGUCGGGGUUUCUGUGCCUUGGAUGUUUUUAAACAUCUCAGUAGCUUGCAUAUCCUAUGAAUUACAUGAUCACACUUUCAUUUUAUCUAAUGAACUUCCGUUGAUGUUAUACACUCUUUAUAUUCUCUUAAGAGCCUAGAUCAUAAGCCGACGCAUGUCGAAAGAAGCAUCUACUAGCCUCAGACCUUCCUCGGCCAGUGUGGGUUUGGUGGAGGGAUCUUGAAAUUACUAGACUUUGAGAAAAGAUAAAAUGUAAAAAAUGAUGGUUUUUGUUUUGCAGUGCCUUUAUUGCAAUUUAGAAUCCACAUCGUUUGUUUUAUACUAAUUUAAUGAACACUCGAAACAUUUUAAUUUUUGUAAUGUUAGCGCAAUGCAAGACACCUAAUAUAGUCAAAAACCACUGAAAUAAAUAAAAACAUUUUGUGAUC